UUUUCCCGCUCAUUUUCCAAAAGGGAAAAAUUUUUAGAAAACCCUUAGGUUUUGGACCUUGGCCCCAAAUUUCUCUUCUUCUUCUUCGAGAAAUUGAAAAACAAACGCGUUGUUGUUGUUCUUCAAAAAUGAGUACUCCAAUGGAGAUAACACUUCAAAACCCUCCAGAUCCCGAUAUCUCCGACCAAAACGCCGUCGCAUCAGCCUCAGCUCCCUCUCCUCCUCCUCCGCCUCCGCCUCUUCCUCCUGUACUCGCCGAUGACAGAGUCUCCGUUUCAGUUGAAGCUUGCUUAAAGCCCUCCAGCACAGCUCGGAUCGACGAUGUCCGCUCAGCCAUCGAGAGAAUGCUUGAAAAGAGGAGUUUAAGCUAUAUUGAUGGCCCCAUUCCAGUGCCUCUUGAUGAUCCGUUUCUCACAGAAAAUGUGGAAAGAAUCCGUAUUUGCGACACGGAUGAGUGGGUGCAGAACCAUGAAAUUCUUUUGUUCUGGCAAGUCAAGCCUGUUGUGCAUGUCUUUCAGCUUAGUGAGGAAGGACCAUGUGAGGACUUAAGUGGAGAUGGCCAACUUCCUAGCUUUAAUGAAUGGAUGCUUCCUGCAAAGGAAUUUGAUGGCAUGUGGGAAAGUUUAAUUUAUGAAUCUGGUCUCAAGCAAAGGCUGUUGCGGUACGCAGCAAGUGCAUUACUCUUUACUGAAAAGGGUAUUGAUCCUUUCCUUGUGUCAUGGAACCGCAUUAUUCUUUUGCAUGGACCUCCAGGAACAGGGAAGACAUCUUUGUGUAAAGCAUUAGCCCAGAAGUUAUCCAUCCGAUUCAACUCCAGAUACACACAAAGCCAAUUGGUUGAGGUUAAUGCACAUUCUUUGUUUAGUAAAUGGUUCUCCGAAAGCGGCAAGUUGGUUGCAAAGCUUUUCCAAAAAAUUCAAGAGAUGGUGGAGGAAGAAAGCAAUCUGGUAUUUGUUUUAAUUGAUGAAGUUGAAAGUCUUGCUGCUGCUAGAAAAGCUGCUUUGUCCGGUUCUGAACCUUCAGACUCUAUUAGGGUCGUGAAUGCGCUACUAACUCAGAUGGAUAAAUUGAAAUCAUCACCAAAUGUGAUAAUUCUCACAACCUCCAAUAUUACCACUGCUAUUGAUAUUGCAUUUGUUGAUCGAGCUGAUAUCAAAGCAUAUGUUGGUCCUCCAACACUCCAAGCUCGUUAUGAAAUUUUAAGAUCCUGUCUGCAGGAACUUGUGAAAAAGGGAAUCUUAUCAAAUUUUCAGGAUUGUGAUCACCUUGUAAUUCCAAAUUUUGCCAGUAUGAAAGAAAAGUUGAGUAUGCCUGAGAUGCAGGAGGCUCAGACAAAAUUUCUCCUGUGUAAACAAUUGCUUGAAGCUGCAGAAGCAUGUGAGGGAAUGAGUGGACGAUCUUUAAGAAAGCUUCCAUUUUUGACGCAUGCAGCUCUCUCCAAUCCUUACAAUUGUGACCCUAGCAAGUUCUUGUGUAAAAUGGUAGAUACGGCAAGGGGCGAGCUUUCUGAGCUGCCUGACUGAAUUAUGAGUUCUCACUUCAUGUAAAAGAUGUGUUUAAUGCUAAAUGUUUAAAUCCACUGCAAUUAGUUGCCAUUUUCAGCCUCCAUUUGUGAUGAUGAUGUUGAUGGUCCAAUACGAGACAAUUACUUAUAUCAAGACAAAUGAUUUAGAUCCAUAAUGAUACUGAAGCCAUGGUUCUAGGGAUGUAUAGACCACAUUAGAUUAGUCCUUGCAGCCCAGGUUGUCACACAAGCAGGAUGCUUUUCUUCCUGUUCAAACUAACCUAAUAGAGGUAACAAUACUGCAAUUAAAUGGUGAUUGAAGAGUUAUUGCCAACUGAGCAUGUGAAGUGGUCUGUGCUUCAUAUGUAGGAAGGCCUGAGAUUUCAGUCAUGAAACAGCAUGUGAAAUGGUACUUUGAAGUUUGAACUGUUGUACUGAAGAGAAUUAAGAUUUAGGAGUCUCAAAUCGGAUUUUUCAAAUUUUCUUAAGUUUGUGAUGUAAUGUUAAAUCAAAAUUUGCUUUUA